CUCAACAACGUAAUCGAAUGCGAAAUUAUUUAUUUUUUCUUAACGGUUCAUUGGAAUAAUGCAUUGCUUUCAAAUAUUACCUGCUUAAAUAUUGGUACAACAUUUGUUGUCCCAUCCUCAAGUUUUUUCACCAGUUUUGGUAUUUCCAAAAAAUAAUAAAAUAAAAUGGAAUAUAAGAAUGUCGGCUUUUUUUAAAAACUACUAUUAUUUAUUGCUUCCGUAGAUUAUAACCAUUUUAUGUCCUAUUGGUGUGCCUAUUGAAUAAAAUAUAAUAUCGGAAGCUUUUAAAGCUAUAUUAUUAAGAAAUUCAUAAAUUUUGUUGAAUAUUGUUAACCGAAAAAGAAAAACAUUUGUUGUGCACAUGUUUGAAUUCUAAUACCAGUCUUAAAGAUAGUCAUAAACCGAUAUCUAAUUUUUAUUACUGUAUGUAGCAUAUUAUUUUUAAUCCUAUCGUAAAUAGAGGAAAUGGUCUUAGUCGCCUUUCUCAUAAAUAUUAUACUUGUAUUUUAUUACUUUUUGGGAAUUCCAAAACUGGGAAAAUAUACCUGAGCGCGAGACAAUAGAUGUUUUAUCAAAAUUAUAUUAGAUAGGUUAACAUGGUCAGCAUUAAUAAUUUUUCACAAUAUAGAAGAAGCAACUAAAACUGUUUUUAGAGUACUUUGUUUAUUUAUAAUAAAAUAUUGCUAGUGUGACCAAUGUUUUUUCUACACAUUUCAUAAUAAUAUAAUUAUUGUAGAUUAUAGAAUUGAAGAAAGGAUUUUAAUUUUCGGUUAACAAUGUUUUUUCAAAUUCCUUUUGAAACUGGGAGGCUGAAUUUGGGUUGUGGACGCCAUUCGAUAGAGACCGUAGAUAAAUAACCUAGAGAUAAAUAAGAUUUGUUUAUAGUUUAUGUAUGCGUGUUUUAAAUAUGAGUAAUAAAUUAGGUUAGACUAAAUCGAUUUUAUUAUAUAAAUGGCAUUACAUGAACCAUCAGAGAUUGAAUUGCGUAAAGUUCUUAAAGAUAUUCAAAAUGGAAAUCACACUAUUUUAAAAGAUUUCUUAAAGAGUUCACCCAAUGUCCAUUGGAGUUCAAUACAUAUCGAUAAACAAGGAAAUACAAUUCUUCAUUUGGCUGCUAGAUUAGGAAAUAUUAAUGUUAUCACGUAUCUUAUGGAAAAUUUUCACCCGAAAGCAGUAAAUUGCAAGAAUAAAGAUGAUAAAACUGCUCUACAUGAAGCUGCCCAAUUUGGACAAUUUGAGAGUUCUAAAAUACUUUUGAAAUAUGGUGCAGAUGUUAACGCUCUAAAAAGAGCUGACUGGACUCCACUAAUGUUAGUUUGUACGAAAAUAAAUAGCAACGAAAAUUACAAAAUUUUAGAUCUCUUUUUGAAAGGAGGUGCUUUAGUUAACUAUAGGAAUAAAGAUGGAUGGACGUGUUUACAUUUGAUUUGUAGAGAAGGUAACGUAGGAAUGUUGGAGCUUCUCGUCAAGUCGGGAUUGAAUUUAACAGUGAAAUCAAAAAAUGGACGAACUGGUUUGCAUGUGGCAGCUUUACAUGGACAUUCAAAAAUUAUAAAUAUAUUAUUAGACUUGAAUAGUAAUGUUAACGAAAUUGAUUCUAUUGGCAAUACACCAUUGCAUGAAGCAGUUUUAGGAGGACAACUAGACAUUUGUAGAAUUCUUAUUAAAAGAGGAGCUGAUAUAUCUUGUAAGAAUAAUCUUAAUCUUACUUUAUUACAUUUAGCAUCCUCACAAGGAAAUAUAGAAAUGAUUAGUUUUAUUUUAAAAGAUUUAAUGAUAAAUAUAAACGAAACAUGCAAAACUGGUUUCACGCCUCUACAUUUUGCAGCCAAAAAUAAUCAUAAAGAAGCAUAUGAAUUUUUAAUAAAGCAAGGUGCUGAUACAAAUAUACUAGAUAAAUUUCAUAGGAAAGCAUCAGAAUAUUUUUCUUGAUUAGUUAAAUUUAAUUAUUUAAUAUAUAUCUUAAAUUUUAUUACAGUUUUUUUAUAUUUAAGGAAAUAGAUCAUAGUUAAUUGGGAUUAUGUGAAAGAUGAAAAACCAAAUAAUUUAUUAUUAUUAAGACAAAUAAUUCUCCUGUAUUAUGCAACAAUGUUCUUAUUUGUUUUUGUUAUAUAGUUUGGUUUACAUACAGUGUGUUCUAUUUAUUUAUAUAUGCGUGUAUACAUAUUUAUAUUGUUAGAUUAUCUGAUUAUUGUUUCACUUUUUAUUUCAUAAUUUUCAUUACUUGUCUACCUUCAUCAACGUUAUAGUUAUAGUGUAUCAUAUAUUUUUACUUUGAUAAAGAUCAAAUAAAAGAUCGAAACGUUGACAUUUUAAAA